CUCCUCCUUCACUUCACUCGCUCACAUUUAUUUUGUUUUCCAUUUCCCUAAUCUCUCUCUUAUCAUACAAUCAAGUAAUACUAGUUUUUGCUAGCUUCUUCAACCAUGGCAGGUGGAGGUUUCACCACCAACGGCGGAGGCGCCGUCGACUUCGAGGCCAAGAUCACUCCAAUAGUCAUCAUCUCAUGCAUAAUGGCUGCCACCGGAGGCCUUAUGUUUGGAUAUGAUGUUGGUGUUUCAGGUGGAGUGACGUCUAUGCCCCCAUUCUUGAAAAAAUUCUUUCCGGCGGUAUACAGAAGGACAGUGUUAGAGCAAGGGUUGGACAGUAAUUACUGCAAAUAUGACAACCAGGGCCUACAGCUCUUCACCUCCUCCCUAUACCUUGCUGGCCUCACCGCCACCUUCUUUGCCUCUUACACCACUCGUCAGUUGGGAAGAAGGCUCACCAUGUUGAUGGCCGGUUUCUUCUUCAUCGCCGGCGUUGCCUUCAACGCCGCCGCUCAAAACCUUGCCAUGCUCAUCGUUGGCAGGCUCCUCCUUGGUUGCGGUGUUGGUUUUGCUAACCAGGCGGUGCCAGUGUUUCUUUCUGAGAUCGCACCUCCAAGAAUUCGUGGAGCAUUGAACAUACUGUUUCAACUCAACGUUACGAUCGGCAUUCUCUUUGCUAACCUUGUCAACUAUGGCACCAACAAGAUCAAAGGGGGAUGGGGAUGGAGGCUGUCUCUUGGACUGGCGGGGAUCCCAGCACUUCUGCUGACGGUGGGGGCCAUACUGGUGGUGGACACUCCCAACAGCCUCAUCGAGCGUGGGCGGUUGGAUGACGGAAAAGCCGUGCUGAGAAAGAUUCGCGGCACCGACAACAUUGAAGCUGAGUUCUUGGAGCUGUGUGAGGCCAGCCGUAUUGCGAAGCAGGUGAAGCACCCCUUCCGCAACCUCCUCAAGCGCAAAAACCGCCCCCAGAUCGUCAUUUCCAUUGCCCUCCAGAUAUUCCAGCAAUUCACAGGCAUCAACGCCAUCAUGUUCUAUGCACCAGUGCUCUUCAACACCCUGGGAUUCAAGAAUGAUGCCUCCCUCUACUCUGCUGUCAUCACUGGCGCCGUCAAUGUGCUCUCCACCGUUGUCUCCAUCUACUCCGUCGACAAAAUCGGCCGCCGGAUGCUCCUCCUUGAGGCUGGUGUUCAGAUGUUCCUCUCCCAGGUGGUGAUAGCUAUCAUCCUCGGAUUCAAGGUGAAGGACCACUCCGAUGACCUCUCAAAGGGCUUUGCCAUCUUUGUGGUUGUGAUGGUGUGCACCUUCGUGUCCUCCUUUGCGUGGUCGUGGGGUCCUCUUGGAUGGCUGAUCCCCAGCGAGACCUUCCCAUUGGAGACUCGCUCGGCCGGCCAGAGCGUCACGGUUUGCGUCAACUUGCUCUUCACCUUUGUCAUUGCGCAGGCCUUCCUCUCUAUGCUCUGCCACUUCAAGUUCGGCAUCUUCUUGUUCUUCUCCGGCUGGGUUUUGAUCAUGUCCUGCUUCGUCUUCCUACUUGUGCCCGAGACAAAGGGCGUCCCCAUUGAAGAGAUGACCAACAGAGUGUGGAAGCAGCAUUGGUUCUGGAAGAGGUUCAUAGACGAUGAUGACUAUGUUAAGGAUGAUAAAAUAGCAGCAGCCAAUAAUGGCUUUAAUCCCGCUUCCCAGUUGUAAACCAUGACUCUUAUCAUUUCAUUCAGUAGGCCUUUUAGAGUGAAUGGUUCCAUUCCUACGAAAGUAUAUAUUAGUUCUCUUUUCUUUAUGCCUGCAGGGCUGCAACAUUGUGAUGAACACAGUCAUAAGCCAUUAUCCUCUUUUGCAAGCCAUAUUAUUUGUUUAAA